GUUAUACAGUGUAAUUCUCCAAAAAGUGGCUCUUUGAAUCGAUGAUGUUGUUUCUCUCUUUGAGUGUAAACUUGUAUCCUAAACCUAACAAACUGUGUGUUGUAGAUAAGAACAACUUUUUGUUUCAUUGGAAAAAGGCACAACGUCGACCGAGUACUAAUGCUAUUUGUUUGCGUUGUCUUGGUUCUUUUACUCACCAAACAAACCAACAGCUGAAUUUCUCAGCCACUCCUCACUGUGUUUUGUUGAGUGAGGCAACUGAAGCAACUGAAUCAACCGUAGAGACACCACAACCACUUGGAUUACCUCCACAACCUGCCGCAUUGGAAAAGUAUUUGAUCAGCGGUGCUUUUGUACUUGGAAUAGUGGUAACAGUUGGUGUUGUAUUUCUGACGUUUGCAGAGUGGAGAGAUAGUAGACUAAAGAAAGAAUCGAGUGCACAAGUGGGAAAGGGAGAAAAGCCGAGUCAAGAACAACCUUCUAUGAAUCGAUUUGCCAGAAGAUUAAAAAAGAAGGAAGACAAGCUAAGGGCUAGAAAGAAGUUGUAAAGCAAAGGCAACCUUCUAUUUUCGUUU